UUGUUAGUUUUCUUUGCUCCAGGAGGGGAGACUCCUAGGAUGUUUCUCUGAAUAAGGACGUCAAAAGUGCCCAGUGACUAGAUCGGAGCCAAGGCGAAAAACUAGGGAAUGGGAGGGAGAGUACUGUACUCCGAAGCAUGAAAACUACUGAUCAGUGUCGCCUGUGUUUUCCUGACUGCUCCAAAAUAGCAGGUAACCUCAGUAAAACAAGACUUAGGUCUUUCCUGGGACACUUAGGCCAGAGAAGCAUCCUUGAAGCAGCUUGAAACCAGAAAGCCCCAGCGUUUCCGAAUUCUGCAUCAUCCCUUCCCCGUCUGGACAUCUAGUCCUCCUGUUAAUCAACACACUGCUGACUGGGUCUUUCCCUUAACGCUGACGAACAUAGGCCCCCGUCUUUUAGCUUUGGUAGAAAUGAAGGCGUUGGACCUACCUGAAUGCCAGAAGGGCUGCUCACCCUCUCUGAAUCUUUGCCGCUGAACCAGAUAAAGUGCCCUUGUGAAUAGGAAUGCCUGCCCAGAUAUCAGCAGUGGAGAUCAUGGAUGAAGAUCAAAUAAUUGAAGAAGUCUUGGAUAAGUUUGUUAAUUGUCAUGAGCAAACAUAUGAAGAAUUUCUGAGCACUUUUACUCAUCUUUCAAAAGAGGGUGAUGUGACCAAGAGGGGCACAUUCGGAACUAAGUCUUCAGAAAACAUGCCUGCUUCAACACAGCAUUCUCAUGGAAGUGAACCGAAUAGUCACCGCCUCAGAAAUAAAGCCGUCUCUCUUCAUACUUCAUCACAGAGUGCAGAGGAGGAGCAGAUAGUACUGGACGAAGGCCAGAGUGCUGGCAGCGCCUUUCGAGGUGAUCUGAAUCGGGCCGGAAAGGUGAAGGUAGAUAACUUCCUAGCAGUAGAAGAGCUGGAUGUGGAUGAAGAGAUUGAGCCCCAGACGAGCAAGGGUUUGCUGCUGCUGCCCGGAGAAGUGGAACAGGACGUAAGCACCCGUGUCCCUUCGUAUGUUCCCUCCGUGGCCCAGCCCCUGACCCCUGGAGUCAAGCCAAGGCCCACGGUGAAAGGAAUGGAUGAGCAGGACAAGCACAGGGACGAGAUACUCGGGGAUGAAGUUCAGCCCUUCCGUCUUGAUGACGAAUUUGACUACGACGCUGUGCUGCUCACCCCCAAGUUCACUCCUGCAGAGAUAGAUGCCAUCAAAGAACUAUCCGUGCGGAAGCGAGAGAACACCGACACCGACUUGGAGGAACCCUGUGACUGAUGCACCAAGACGUCUUCCUGUUUUCUAUUUUGUUCUUAUUCAAGCAACGAUAGAAUAAAAGAUAGAUCUACUGUAAUCCCCUUUGUGGGAACUUAUGUGUGCACUGAUUUAUCGGAGUUAUUUCUCUGUAAGGCCACAGAGGUCUGUACCCUCAUGGAGCACCCCUCUGUCGUGUUGACGCCACAGCCCGUGGCCAGCAGGGGCUGAUGGCAGUGGCAGGUGGGGACAGGAAGCAAUACCUGCCGAAGGUCUGUUUUGAUGAGAUCACUGCAUCUGGGUAACUCGGGGUAUUGAAACAAAGAUCGGAAACACCCGUCCUCCUUUUUGGGGGUGAAGGUCAGUGUCACACGCAGAACACGUUGUAGCACAUAGAGAAGAGUCGAUUACAUGGGGAGGUCGCUGGCCCCAGCUAUCCAGACAUGUUGGGACGAAUCUGAAUGCUGAGAGGCUGGCCUUCUAGGAUUGAUUGGGAAAGGUUUCACUGAAAAAGGCCUCUGAGAAUUGAUUAUAUGUCACAUAUGAAAUUCUUGUACUUUGCUAUUACCAUUGCGAUGAUAGUUAUGAAGCACAAGUAAUGAUCUCUAUCUGCAGAAGCUUAAAAUAUAAUUUGAAAAGGCGAGACAUGGGGAAACAAUUAGAGAAUGUAAAAACAUAUUAUGAAGUGCUAAUUGUGUAGAGGUCUCAUAAAUGCAUUAAGAAAAGGAGAAUAGAUGGAGGAAGGCACAGGUGAGGGGGAAUCGUAUGUACACAGUAAUUUUUGUUACUGAAGGAAUCAGUAGCAAAUCAAAUAUACUUAGUCUUAAUGUGUUUGCAUAUAGUCCUGUGCUCAUGUAUGUGUGUAUAUAUGUAUUUAUAAAAAUGGCCAUUUAUAUUCCUUACAAAAGAAUGCUUUUGACUUAAUGUUACAAUGGAGUCAAAUGGUUUCUACAUCUAUUUUUCUUUACCUAGUCAACAGACUUCCAUCAAACACCCUGUAUGUGCCAAGACAAAGCGGAGGAUAGAAGUGAGUUAGACAUGGUCUGAUGUCACGGGGAAGAGAGAUGAAUAUACACAAAUAACUGCAGCAGACCUGCGUCAUCCAAUCGCAUAGCCAAAAAUAACUGCAGCAGACCUGCGCUGUCCAAUAGCAUAGCCACAAAUACCUACAGCAGACCUGCGCUGUCCAAUAGCAUAGCCACAAAUACCUACAGCAGACCUGCGCUGUCCAAUAGCAUAGCAACAAAUAACUGCAGCAGACUUGCGCUGUCCAAUAGCAUAGCCACCGGCUGCAUGUGGCUACUGAGCAAUCAAAAUGAGGCACGUGACAGAGGAACUGAUUUUUAAAUGCUGAUUUUAUUUUAAUUUAAAAUAAGUUGAUAUUAAUGCAGUUAUAAAACUUUCAAGUACAUUUGGAGAACUUGGGUAUGUGCAUCUUCACUUUUUCAGCUGUAAAUUUUAUGACAUCUAAAUACAGAUAAAUUAUUUUUGACGACAACUUACUGUCUAAAUUUAAAAUAUGCUGCAAAUGUGAAAUGUACAUUGCAUUUCAAAGGAUAAGUGUGAAGAACUGUAGAAUAUCUUGUUACAUUUUUAUAUUAAUUACAUGUUGAAAUGAUAAUAUUUUGGGUAUACCUGAUUAAAUAAAUUGUAUUAUUAAAA